CUGGACGAUAAUCAGGAGAGUUAUCGUCAGAGUGCAGAUUAAUCCGAGGACAACGCAGGAGCAGCAGAUGCAGGCGAAUAUCGAUUGAAUUGCGCGGAUGGUUUUACUGGCAGUCGGUAAUGGAGAAUUUUCAAUUUUCCUAGGGACAUUUAUCUGUCACUUAUUCAGUGAUUUUUCCAUACACGUUGGCAUCAUCUUGUUAUUGAUUGUCAGCAUUACCCGAAUAAGAGCAAAUACCCGUAGAUAAACGAAAAAUAUCAUUGGGUACUUCAGCCAUUAUUUACCGACAAUUGGCUGGGCCCCAAGUAACUAGACAAUAAUCCCUGUGUACGUAAUGUGUACACCUCAGUAACCUCUCGGUAAAAUCAGUGUAUUGUCUCUUCAAGUUAUCCGUGUCGUGAUCCAUUAAAAAAAUAUAUAUAUAUUUAAGACAACAACUCAAGGCUGAAGCCCGAAUAAUGCACCUCAUCGCAGCUGUUGUGUUUUGAUGUGAUUUUUUGGUGCGUAGAAUUGUGAAGUGAAAUUAAUCGUCAAUUCAACGUGAGAAUAAAAAAAAAAACAGGUGACACUCGGAAAAUAUUGCAGUGACAUUGUGCAUAACGCGGAUGUCAUCGGAUUAGUGAUCAGUGGUGAUAACUCGGGGAUAAUUACUAUCGAUAAAUGAUGGCGACUAAUCUUGAGGAGGAGCAGAGUUUACGGGAGUGCGAGGAGUACGUACAGAGGCACAAUAUCCAGCAGGUACUCAAGGAUUGUAUUGUACAAUUGUGCGUUGGUAGACCACAGAAUCCAAUCUCAUUUCUGCGUGAAUAUUUUCAAAAACUAGAGAGGGAACAGGCGCAGGAUGCGAAGCAGCAGAUUGCGACGAGCCCUGAGGACAUCGAGGAUUUACCUGGGGGUCCGCAGGGACCCCAGGUGCCCAGACGACGUGGUGGAAUUUCUGCGGAGCCUGUCUCCGAGGAAGAUGCCACUAGUUAUGUGAAAAAGGUCGUACCCAAGGAUUAUAAAACAAUGGCAGCUCUCAGCAAGGCUAUUGCCAAAAAUGUACUUUUCGCUCAUCUCGAUGAGAACGAACGCUCCGAUAUUUUCGAUGCCAUGUUUCCCGUUACUUUUCUACCUGGUGAGCCCAUCAUUCGCCAAGGUGACGAGGGUGACAACUUCUACGUUAUCGAUCAGGGUGAAGUAGAGAUAUUCGUUAAUGGUGAGCUCGUGACAACGAUAGGUGAAGGGGGUAGUUUCGGUGAAUUGGCAUUGAUUUACGGUACACCACGUGCCGCAACAGUCAGAGCAAAAACAGACGUUAAAUUAUGGGGUAUCGAUCGUGAUUCCUAUCGUCGUAUUCUCAUGGGCUCUACCAUAAGGAAGAGAAAAAUGUACGAGGAGUUUUUAUCAAGGGUCUCUAUUCUCGAAUCGCUGGAUAAGUGGGAACGUCUGACCGUUGCUGAUGCCCUUGAACCCGUGGUAUUUGAGGAUGGCGAAACAAUAGUGAGACAGGGCGAACCUGGUGAGGAUUUCUACAUUAUUGUCGAGGGUACUGCUGUUGUACUGCAGCAGAGGAGCGAGGGGGAGGAGCCCACGGAAGUUGGAAGACUUGGACCGUCUGACUACUUCGGUGAAAUAGCACUGCUCCUGGAUAGGCCAAGGGCAGCAACGGUGAUAGCCCGUGGCCCCCUAAAAUGCGUGAAGCUCGAUAGGGCACGUUUUGAGCGUGUUCUGGGUCUGUGCGCUGACAUCCUAAAACGAAACAUCACCCAGUACAACAGUUUCGUCUCCCUAUCAGUGUAAGACAAAUAUUUCACUUUCACUGAGUCGUGUAAAGCCCUUCCCCUCCAAUAAUUCAAAAUCGUUACACAUGUCAUUGUUAUAAUUUUAAUAUUUUAUUAAUAUCCUCAUGAUCUAUCGAUUAUGCCAAGGGUUAAAUUCAUACUGUAUCGUUAUCCGUAAUAAAUAUCAUUCUAGUGAA